UAUUUCGAUCGCCAGAAACCUGAUUUCGAAACAUUCCUAAUGCCGUCCGAUUUCGCGUCCGAACUUGGCGACGAUGAUUGGCAAGAUACAGACGAUUGGGCUCUCUACAGCAGUGGCAAAUUCGAAGGCGACUUGAAUAUUGACAUGGACAUUAUCAUUCUUCCAAAUGUCAGCGAGGAUCAGGUUACGACACGUAGUGAGCGAAGGCAUGAGUAA